AUGGGGGGCAAGACUGCUAACAAGGCCGGCUACUUCGACAAGCUCAAGGGCUUGCUCGAGGAGUACCGUUCCGUCUUCAUCGUCUCGAUUGACAAUGUCAGCUCGCAGCAGAUGCACGAAGUCCGCCACUCCCUGCGUGGAGAUGGCGUUGUCCUGAUGGGCAAGAACACUAUGGUCCGCCGUGCCCUCAAGACCUUCAUCAACGACACUCCCGAGUACGAGCGUCUCCUGCCCUUCGUCAAGGGCAACGUCGGCUUCGUCUUCACCAACGGCGAGCUCAAGGACAUCCGUGACAAGCUUCUGGCCAACCGUGUCGCCGCCCCUGCUCGUGCCGGUGCCGUCGCUCCCGUCGAUGUCUGGAUUCCCGCUGGCAACACCGGCAUGGAGCCCGGCAAGACGUCCUUCUUCCAGGCCCUCGGUGUCCCCACCAAGAUUGCCCGUGGUACCAUUGAAAUCACGACCGAUCUCAAGCUCGUCGAGGCCGGCACCAAGGUCGGCCCCUCUGAGGCCACCCUGCUCAACAUGAUGAACAUCUCUCCCUUCACGUACGGUCUGGGAAUCGAGCAGGUCUACGACCAGGGCCAGGCCUUCCCCGCCGAGAUUCUCGACAUUGGCGAGGAGCAGCUCCUCGGCACCCUGGCCAAGGCCAUCACCACCAUUGCCACCAUCUCCCUGGCUAUCAACUUCCCCACCCUGCCCUCGGUCAUGCACUCCGUCGUCAACUCCUACAAGAACAUCCUUGCCGUUGCCGUCGAGACCGAGAUCAGCUGGCCCGAGAUUGAGGACCUCAAGGACCGCAUUGCCAACCCUGAGGCUUACGCUUCUGCCGCCCCUGCUGCCGCUGCCGCCUCUGGUGGUGCUGCCGCCGCUGCUGCCGAGGAGGAGAAGAAGGACGAGUCUGAGGAGGAGGACGAGGAGGGUUUCGGUGGUCUCUUUGACUAA